AUGUCGGAGCAUGCCCACGACACCCGUUCCGCCAAGGCGCUGGGUGCCAGCCUCGUGCUCUGCGGCAUCUUUGCAGCAGGAGGCGUGGCUAUGUGGCGCAUGCUGGGCAUGCACAUGCACCCACAAGCUGAGGUGUCCAGCGUGGCAGAGGCAGUGGACCUCAUCCGCCAGCAGAGGGUGGCGAUCGUGGGCCGCCCCAAUGUGGGCAAGUCCGCGCUGUUCAACCGCCUGGCCGGGCGGCGCAUGGCCCUGGUGCAGAACACCCCGGACGGCCACGUGACGCGCGACUGGCGCGAGGCGCCCGCCAGCCUUGCGGACCUGCGCUUCACGGUGGUGGACACCUCGGGCAUGGAGCCGGAGCUGGGCGCGCGCGCGCCGCGUUCCAUCCAGGCACGCGCGGCGGCGCUGACGGCAGGCGUGCUGGCGCGCGCCGACGUCACGCUCCUGCUCAUGGAUGGACGGGCGGGGGUGCUGCCCGGGGAUGUGGAGCUGGCGCGCUGGCUGCGCCGCCUACCCCCGCCGCACCGCGUCCUGCUGGUGGCCAACAAGUGCGAGCGGCGCGAGACUAGUGCGGCGGGGCUGGCGGAGAGCCCGCGCCUGGGUUUCGGCCCCGCCGUCGCCGUGGCGGCCGAGGCGGGGGAGGGCAUGGCCGACCUGUAUGCAGGCCUGCAGCCCCUGCUGGAUGCCGCCUCUCCGCUGCUGCGCAUGGCGGUGGUGGGCCUGCCCAAUGUGGGCAAGUCCACGCUCUGCAACGCCCUGCUCGCCAGCGAGCGAUGCCUGACGGGGCCGGAGCCGGGGCUGACGCGCGACGCAGUCACAGCGCGUUUCAGCCACGAGGGUCAAAUCCUGGAGCUGGUGGACACGGCGGGGUGGGUGCGGCGCACGCGCCUCGACGCGCAUGACCCUGACGCCGGCGGUGUACUGACUCAGCGCUCCCUGGCAGACAGCGCGGCGGCCAUGCACAGCGCGCAGGUCGUGGUCCUGGUCGUGGACGGCGUCAGGGUGUCGGAGCAUGGCGAGGGGCUGACACACCGCGAGCUGAUGCUGGCCAACGACGUUAUCCUGCACGGCCGCGCGCUGCUCAUCGCCGCCAACAAGAUGGACGCGCUGGGGCGGGAGGCGAGGGCGGGUGUGCUGGGCCUGCUGCGGCGCAGCCUAGACCGCGGCCUCCCCGCCGGCGCCAGCGUGCGCCUGCUGCCCAUGUCGGCGCUGCGCGCCGAUGUGGCAGGCCUGCUGCCGGCGGUGCACGAACUGGCAAGUUCUUACACGACCGGGGGAGGGAAGGACGUGGGGCGCAUCAAGUACAUGCUGCAGGCCAAGGGCCGGCCCCCGACCUUUGUCGCCUGGGUGUCGGGCUCCGCGUCCAUGCCGUCCUCCACCCAGAACUUCCUCACCAAGUCCCUGCGCGCCGAGUUUGGGCUGGAGGGGGUGCCCAUCCGGCUAAAGGUCAGGGCCAAGGAGUCCAGGAGGCCAAAGUAA